CAAACAAUUGUAAAACGAUUAUUGUUUUAUGUAGUGCAUGAUUGAAUAUGGUACUGUUCAAACUCGUAUAUUAGUGUCGGGUUUGCAAAUACGUAUUUGGGCCUUACUAAUGAAUAUAAGAGCCCAACAUUUCCCAAAUAAAGAUAUAUAACCUUUCAAGACAAAUUGAGGAAGGACGGGCGGCCCAAACAUUACUUCGGGCCCAACCUGCUAAAAAAUAGCAAGUAUUCGAGAAUGGCGUCCAAGACCCACUCGAGGAUGACCCACGUGGCUAGUAGUCCAAUAAUAUGGAUGAAAAAUGUCAAAAUAAGUGAUAGAAUGAUUAGAGAAGAAUACAAAUGCCUACGGCCCCAUCUUUGGCAUUAUUGAGCUAAAUAACGGGAGUAGAUUUUUCUUCUAUAAUAUUCAUCAUGUAAAUUAUUGGGAUGAUCAUACACAUAUUGGAGAUCAAUAAUAUGAUGUAGAGAGUUGACUUGUUCUAAAUAAAUUAGAAUGAGUACAAAGAGACAUCUUAUGACAAAGAGAUCAAAAGUGAGACCCACCCAUGUCUAAAAACAUCUCAUGGAGACCAUACCAAUUUAUUUCACUCCACACAACUUAUCCACCCUUAUUGAAGGGUCUUAUACACUCCCUUAAUCCCCUCAUUCGAACUCCCAAGGAUAAGGGAGAAGGAGAGAGCCACACAAACAAGAAAGCAAGAGAAGGGGGAAGCUGCCGCAGGUUCGUUUUCCAGUGCGUUGGUUUGCUUGUUUGGUUCAUAUCUAGAGCGUUACUUAUCCAAAUAAGGCGUGUGAGGUUCCCAAAGAAAGAUCUCAAGAAGAGGAAUCCGUGAAGGUUCGUUUUGCAGCAAACGGAGUAGUGGAAGACUUCCAAAUCGUCCGAACAAAACGCAACCUCGCAGAAUACGUUUUUGUACUCAAAGGUUAGGAAGCGAAUUUGUCGGAAAACACCCGUUCUAGGGACUGUUUUCGUGUCUUCGGUUAGGAGUUGAGCUAGCACCUUGAGGAGGCUGUUUAACACUCAUUUCUAAGCAAGGAAUCAGUUCUCAAACUUCCUUGGCCGAGGCUUUGACCAUUGGAUCAAAAAGGAAAAGUUUAUAGCUCAAUUAAGGUUGAAGCUCGAGCUUGCUAUCUGUGCCCGUUGCCCGGGUGAUCCUUUGGAGAGAAGACGUGGUUCGUGCUUUCUCCAUUCUGUUUUGAACAAUAUUAAACAUGCUCAUGGAUAUUUUACUAUAGAGCAUGCGUGCUCAUGAAUAGCCCUGUGUGGCCCUUUUGUUUUAAACAAUGUUUUCCGCUGCGUUACGAAUUACUUAUUAUGUUUGUUUAUGGAUGUUAUGUGUGUGGAUGAUAUUCAAGACGCCUUAUAUAAUAUGAAUGUGUUGGACUGCGGUUGACUAUUCGUAUUGUACGGCUAGUCGUAUUGACUAUCCGGGGAGGUCCGGGGCGUGACAAUUAAGUUGGUAUCAGAGCCUUAGUCCAUAAACUUCAUAAUGAAGUCUCAAAAUUCUCUUUUCAAAAUGAUUUUUGAAAACCAUGAGCAAAAAUGUUUUGUACUUAAGAACUUUUGGUGUUUGAGUUGCAAGGUCUCUAAUUGUUAAGAUGGCGCCCUUAACAAUUGGUAUGGCGGUGACUUGGCCCAAGAGAUCUCUUAAGUGCCUAUCUGUCAGUUGACAUUUGAAACGAGUCUAAUGACUCAUUCUAAAUACUUCUUUCAGCGAUGGGAGGUGAUGAUGACAUUAUGAAUAGAGAGAAGAACUCGAAAGGGUUUGCACCGGGUGGAACCGGGCAUGCCAACCGAGAAGAGUCCUUAGUACCAAUGGUUCACGAAAUUCUAGAAGCUCAAAUCGUGAGUGAUGAUCAUGUUAAGACCAAAGAAGAGUCAGCUUGUACGGGUAAAACUGAACCACCCAAGGCUCCGGAUGACGGAGGAGAUGAAUUGAGUGAUGAGGACCUUGAUAAUGCACCCAUUGAACAAAUGGGCAUGGUCAUAGAUUGGCUUCAACGUGAACGUGCAAGGCUUUAUACAAAAACGCCAAGCUAGGCGAGCUAAGGACACACCAUUAGGAAGGAAAAGAAAAUGGGGAGACCACGACCCUCAAGGACAUUCUAGGAGGACAAAUGUUGAGGGUGACAAAACCUUAAGGGCACACACAUUAUCGCUUGGGAGGAGUCGAGGCUCGGGUUGUCACGCCCCGGACCUACCCGGACACGUCAACAACCCGCCGUACAAUACGAAUAGUCAACCGCAGUCCAACACAUUCAUAUUAUACAAGGCGUCAUGAAUAUCAUUCACACGUAUAACAUCCAUAAACAAACAUAAUAAGUAAUUCAUAACGCAGCGGAAAACAUUGUUUAAAACAAAAAGGCCACACCGGGCUAUUCAUGAGCACGCAGGCUCUAUAGUAAAAUGUCCAUGAGCAAGUUUAAUAUUAUUUAAAAACAGAAUGGAGGAAGCACGAACCAAGUCUUCUCUCCAAGGAAUCACUCGAUCAACGAGCACAGGAAGCAAGCUCUAGCCUCAACCUGAAAUGGUGGUGGGACGCCCCCGAAGGGGUCAGUACUCUAUACGGCUAUAAAGUAAUGGUGUGGCAGGCAUCUAAUAGAUAUACAACAAGUAUUUCAAACACAAGACCCUCAAGUAGGGUGAUAGUACAUUAUGAUUGUAACCCUAAGUUACCCCGUUUAAAAAUAUACUUACUUUAUAUAAAAGUCAAGUAGUCGGCCCGUGGGCCCGUUUUCAUUUGGAAAUCACCAUUCCCAACCCCGUGGCUAUAAGCCACGACAACUCCUAGAGUCCAACCCUAGUACAUGACAUUGUAUUCUAGAGCUCGGCUCUACCACAUCACCAUACAAUUCAUAUACCUCGGGUCAAUUUCCUUACCUUGCGUUCUAGAGCUCGGCUCUACCACAUCACCACGCAAGUCCUAGAGCUCGGCUCUAGCUAUACAAUACAUAGACUACAAGUCUACACCUUACAUGCAUUCUAGAGCUCGGCUCUACCACAUCACCAUGCAUUAAGGUCCAAUUCUGAAGCAACCCUAUGCCUAGAAUUGACAUAUCAAUAAACUACCAUGGGUCAUCCUUAAAGACUUCCCACAACUUAACCUUAGUUCCGUACUAAGUUAUUAUAUACACUUGAACUAUAUUCAAGUACCAUUCAUACAAUCCAAUCCCUAGGAUCAAUUUAAUCAACAAGUUCCAAUAAUCACUAGCUAGUAUUUCAAUACUAUUAAGAUUAUUGUUAUCAUACCACUAUCCUCUUUACUUGUAAUUCUCUACAUAAUUAUAAUUAUGUAGCAGCAACUUAAGUAUUCAAUCUCAAUACACAAAUAUUCAUUUAUGUAUCCAAAUAAUUCAUACAUGAGCAAAAUACCUAUUUCGCAAAAAUAGUUCAUUUAUACUCAUUUAAUCUCAUAUUAUCCAUACGUUCUCAAAUCAUUUCAAAUUUCAUUCUUUGGCAACUAUAUCAAUAUUUCAUCAAUAUAUAAUCAUCAUAAUCCAUGAAAAAUAAUGAUUUAAGCAUUUAGGUAAUCUCAUGCUUAACCUACAAGUUGUAAGCAAUUAGAUGUCAAUCCUCACCUCAAUUGAGCUUUAAACUUUCCCUUCUUGGUCCAAUGGUCAAAGCUUUGGUCAAGGUGGAUUUGGAACUAAUUCCUUGCUCAAAUAUGAGUGUUAAACAGCCUCCUCAAAGUGCUAAUUCAACCCUUAAUCGUUGAUACGAAAACAGCCCCUAGAAUGGGUGUUUUCCGGUUAACUCGUUUCCUAGUUUUCCAAGAUUUGCUCUAGGUUAGUAUCCAACCUUUACACACAUAAAAUAACUUUAUAAGGACAUAUUAUACACUUGAAUUAGUGUAUAAUAGUCCCACCAAUCGUUCAUAUCAUUUGGAGAAUGAAAAGUAAUGUUUUGGGGUUAAAAUUCACUUUAGAAGUAAAUCCUCUCCUGCGAGGUUGUGUUUUGCUCGGACGGUUUGGAAGCCUUCCACUACUCCGAUUUCUGCAAACCAGACCUUCACGGAUUCCUCGUCUUGAGAGCUUUCUUUUGGUAUAUCAUACGCCUUAUUUGGACGAGUGAAGCUCAAGUUAUGGAUCAAACAAGUAGCCCUAUCUUCUGGAAAACGAGUCCUGCGGCCAGCUUCUCUCUUUACCUCUCCCUUGGAGUAUGUGGCUCUCUCUUUCUCUCUUAUCUUGGGAGUUCGAAUGGGGUGUAGGGGGAGUGUAUUAGGAGGCCUCAAUCACGCUAAGAGAGCAUGUGGUUCACAAAAAGAAGGGUAGGGUAUUAGAUUGCAAUCAAACAUGGUACCAAGGUCAUGUGGGAUGGUUCCCAAAUGAUCCCAUUCAAUUUGGGGUCCAAAAUAUCUAUCAAUACUUCCAAAAAUGGAAAGAUGGGUUCUAUUGUUUUAUCUUUUGUCAAAGAUGUCUUUUUGUACUCAUCCUAACUUAUUUAGAACAAGUCAACUUCCUACAUCACAUUAUUGAUCUCCAAUAUGUGUAGGCUCAUCUCAAUAAUAUACAUGAUGAAAAUUACAAAAGAAUACGGG